UUGCCGAACUUUAAUUUCGAUACGACGGCCAGCGACAAAAGCGAAAACACGUUCAAAAACCGCUAUAACGACAUCAAGGCCUUCGAUGUGACACGGGUGAAACUCAAGGAAUCAGAAAAUCUGUCUGGCUCUGAUUAUAUAAAUGCAAAUUUUGUUCAGGGAUAUAAAGGACGCAAAGUCUUUAUUGCUGCUCAAGGUCCUACUCAAGAUACGGUUAAUGACUUUUGGCAGAUGAUCUGGGAGCAGAACGUUUCUUUGCUCAUCAUGGUGACCAAUCUGCAGGAGCGAUACAGGACCAUCUGCAUCAAGUACUGGCCUGAGCACAGUGCAACGCGAUACGGGUGCGUAGAAGUGAAGCCUCUCGAGUGCAGCUACUUCGCCGAUUACGUUAUUCGCAAGUUCCAGCUCGAAUACGUGAACUACCCCACCGAGGAAGAAGCGGAGCGACCGCUAAAGCCACCUGAGCAUCUGGUCGUACAGUACCACUACACAGGAUGGCAUGAUUACCGUGCCCCCGAAGAAACGGCGGCGUUGCUGCGCUUCAAGAAGCAGCUGCGGAAGCUGAACUCGUCGCCAAUCGUUGUCCACUGCAGCGCCGGAGUCGGUCGAACCGGAACUUUCAUCGCCAUUGAUAGCAUGAUGGAUCAGAUGAGCGAGGAAGGCACCGUCGACAUCUUUGGUUUUGUUUCGAAUAUGCGUCGCCAGCGUAACUUCAUGGUUCAAUGCCUGGAACAGUACGUGUUCAUCUACAAGGCAUUGGCAGAGUGGUAUCUGUUCGGUGAUACAGACGUUGAAAUCGAAAAGAUCGACGAGCACGUGAAGAAACUUCGCAACGUCGAUUGCGAACCCAAUCUGAUGAGCGAGGAAUUCAAUAAACUGUCGCUGAUGCUGGAAGACAACCGAGGGUGCGAGUUCGCGCGCAAGGAACACAACGUGUCGAAAAAUCGGUUCUCUGACCUAAUUCCAUAUGACCGUUUCCGAAUCAUCCUCUCCCCUGUGUUCGGCUUUGACGAUGCGUCGUAUAUCAACGCGUCUCCUGUUAGGGGCUAUUUUAACACCUUUAUUUUAACCCAAGAUCCGCUGGCUGAAACAUUGUGGGACUUCUGGCGCAUGAUCUCUGAGCAAGGCGCGGGAUCGAUCGUCAUGCUGUCUGAGGAAAGUUCGCUUAGCGAAAAUGAGCGGAAGGAACUUCGAGAGGUCGUACAAUAUUGUUACACUGACUGGACUGGCAUGAAACGCAAGGAGGAUGCCGGACUCGUACCGAAUGGCACUGCUUCUUUCUUGGAUUUGAUCGGCAAGGUACUUCAGAGGCAGGUUGUUCUUGCGAAACUUGGUCCUAUUGUUAUUCACUGCCGGUACUGGGACGGAUCGUCGAGGAGCGGUCUGUACUGCGCGGUUUCAUUGCUGUUGGAAAGAUUGAGGGCGGAAAACAGGGUCGACGUAUUCCAGACCGUUAAAACGCUAAGAGCUCGGCGGCCGGUGUCUUUCGGUGAACAGUAUAGCACUUCACCUCGUUCCUUGACCUGA